ACCGGCCAAAUAGAAGCGGGCCGGCCGGGCUAGGAGGAAGCUAGCCAGGCUGGGCGGAGGCAGCGGCAGGGCAGCAGUGGCAGGCUGGUCCCUCCCCCUGGCUAAUAUGAGUGGAUUAGGUGAAAAUGCGGAAGUUCCCAGCCUGAACUGACAGCUGAGGCGAGCUUCUUGCUCGGCAUGACCCCCCGCCCCUCCGGAGCGGCUGUCUUCCAGCUCCUCACCCCGGGACCCUAGACCGAGGGACCCGCCGAGCGGGCUCUCCAUGGCCACGCUCCCCACCGCAGAGAGGAGGGCGUUCGCCCUGAAAAUCAACAGGUAUUCUUCAGCAGAAAUAAGAAAGCUAUUUACUCUUCCAGCCAACCUUGGGCAGCACCAUCAGCGAAGUGUAAGUUCCCCUGCCUUUUCCUCUCUUCAACUGCCUCCGUUUUAUGAUCCUGUGGAGCCUUUGGAUUUUGAAGGAUUUCUGAUGACUCAACUGAACACCCUGGAUGCAGAACUUGUACAAGAACUUGGUGACUUCACAGAAGAUGACUUGGAUGUUGUUUUGACACCAAAGGAAUGUAGGACCUUACAGCCUUCAUUACCAGAAGAAGGGGUGGAAUUAGAUCCCCACGUCAGGGAUUGUGUUCAGACAUAUAUUCGGGAAUGGCUGAUUGUGAACCGAAAAAACCAAGGCAGUUCAGAAACUUGUGGCUUCAGAAAGACCGGUUCCCGAAAAGACUUCCACAAGACACUGCAGAGACAAACGUUUGAGUCAGAAUCCUUGGAAUACAAUGAAUCCAGUUCUCAGGCAGGCCCGAAACCCUGCAGAGUGCUCUGUGUCAGUUCUGGGAGAACCAACCUCACUUCCUGCGACUUUGACCUCCGUAGCCUCCAGCCUGACCAGCGGCUGGAGAACCUCUUGCAGUAUGUCAGCUUAGAAGACUUUGAGAGGCAAAAUGAAGAAGCCCGGAGGACCAACAGGCAGGCUGAGCUCUUUGCCCUCUACCCAUCAGUGGAUGAGGAGGACGCUGUGGAAAUCCGCCCAGUACCAGAAUGCCCAAAGGAACACCUGGGGAACAGAAUUUUAGUCAAACUGCACAUGCUGAAGUUUGAGAUAGAAAUUGAACCAUUGUUUGCAAGCAUCGCCCUGUAUGACGUCAAAGAGCGAAAAAAGAUCUCAGAAAAUUUUCACUGCGACCUGAAUUCUGACCAGUUCAAAGGGUUCUUACGAGCUCAUACACCUUCUGUUGCCCCCUCUAGUCUGGCAAGAUCUGCAGUAUUCUCAGUCACCUAUCCAUCUUCAGAUAUCUACUUGGUAGUUAAGAUCGAAAAAGUCCUCCAGCAGGGAGAGAUUGGAGACUGUGCUGAACCCUACAUAGUUAUCAAAGAGAGUGAUGGUGGGAAGAGUAAAGAAAAGGUCGAGAAAUUGAAAAAUCAAGCAGAAUCCUUCUGCCAACGUUUGGGGAAAUAUCGGAUGCCUUUCGCCUGGGUGCCAAUAAGCUUGUCAAGUUUCUUUAGUGUUUCAACACUUGAAAGGGAGAUCACUGAGGUGGAAACCAUGAAUGGGAAAGGCUCCAUUGGUGAGAGGAAGACAAUUGCCGGCUCUAGAAGACCUUCUGAGAGAAGUAUCAACUUGGAUGACACCGGCGUUGGAUCUGGUUUUAAGGCUACCCCGAUAACUGUCAACACCUUUUUCAAACAGGAAGGAGAUCGCCUUAGUGAUGAAGACUUAUUCAAGUUUUUAGCAGAUUACAAAAGAUCUUCAUCCUUGCAGAGAAGAGUCAAGUCAAUACCAGGCUCACUUAAACUGGAGAUUUCACCAGCGCCAGAAGUUCUUAGUUCCUGUUUGACUCCUGAGUUGUUACCAGUGAAGGCCUUUUCUGAAAAUCGCUCUCGUCCACACAGAGAGAUUCUGGAAUUCCCAAUUCGAGAAGUGUACGUCCCCCAUACUGUCUACAGAAAUCUUCUCUAUGUCUACCCGCAGCGACUGAAUUUUGCUAAUAAGCUGACAUCGGCAAGAAACAUUACAAUCAAGAUACAGUUUAUGUGUGGGGAAGAUCACGCAUUGCCGGUCAUCUUUGGAAAAUCAAGUGGUCCAGAAUUUCUGCAAGAAGUGUACACAGCCGUCACAUAUCAUAACAAGUCUCCAGAUUUUUAUGAAGAAGUGAAAAUUAAACUCCCAGCUAAACUCACAGUCAAUCACCAUCUCCUGUUCACCUUUUAUCAUAUCAGUUGCCAACAGAAGCAAGGAGCUUGUGUUGAAACCACCGUGGGAUAUUCAUGGCUGCCAAUUCUCUUAAAUGAACGUCUCCAAAUUGGACCUUUCUGUCUUCCUGUGGCCUUAGAUAAACUGCCACCCAACUACUCGAUGCAUUCUCCAGAGAAAAUCCCAUCCCAGAAUCCCCCCAUUAAAUGGGCUGACGGACACAAGGGAGUAUUUAACAUUGAACUGCAGGCUGUGUCAUCUGUUCACACCCAGGAAAAUCACCUAGAAAAGUUCUUCACUCUGUGCCACUCUCUGGAAAACCAAGUCACAUUUCCUAUCAGAGUGCUGGAUCAUAAGAUCACAGAAGCUACCCUGGAGCAUGAGUUGAAGCUCAGCAUAAUCUGCCUGAACUCCUCCUGCCUUGAACCCCUGGUACUGUUUCUGCAUCUGGUGCUGGACAAGUUAUUUCAGCUCUCGGUGCAGCCCAUGAUCAUUGCAGGCCAAACAGCUAACCUCUCCCAGUUUGCCUUUGAAUCCGUGGUUGCAAUAGCCAACAGCCUUCACAACAGCAAAGACCUGAGCAAGGACCAGCAUGGGAGGAACUGUCUCCUGGCUUCCUACGUGUAUUAUGUUUUCCGCCUUCCCGAAGUCCAAAGAGAGAUAGCAAAGCCAGCCGGGAAUACCCCUCAUCCAGAUUCUCGCUAUAACACUUUUGGACGCACCUCUGCUGCCACUGUGGGCUCCAAGCUUUUGCAGACACGUGUGAUGAGCUGCAGCAAUCCGGAUAUCACUGCCGUAUACACCUCUGCCGACGAGGAAGUGAAAACUAUCAUGUCUUCCAAGGUUGCUGACCGCAGCUGCAAUCGGAUGUCUUACUAUUGCCAAGCCAACUCUGAUACGCCAAGUACCACUGCAGUUCCCAGACCAGCCAGCAAAAAGCACUUCCAUGAGGAACUUGCACUGCAGAUGGUGGUCAGCACUGGCAUGGUGAGAGAAAACGUCUUCAAGUAUGCCUGGUUCUUCUUUGAGCUUUUGGUGAAGAGCAUGGCCCAGUAUGUCCAGAAUGUGGAUAAACGAGAAAAUCUUCGGAGAACUCGCUUUUCAGAUCGUUUCAAAGAUGACAUCACCACCAUCGUUAAUGUGGUCACCUCGGAGAUAGCAGCUCUUUUAGUAAAGCCCCAGAAGGAAAAUGAACAAGCUGAAAAGAUCAACAUCAGUCUGGCUUUCUUCCUGUAUGAUCUUCUUUCUCUCAUGGAUCGUGGCUUUGUGUUCAACCUCAUUAAACAUUACUGUAAUCAGCUGUCGGCCAAACUUAAUACCCUCCCUACCCUGAUUUCCAUGAGGCUGGAGUUCCUGCGAAUCCUCUGCAGCCAUGAACAUUACCUGAAUCUGAAUCUCUUCUUCAUGACCUCAGACACUGCGCCAGCAUCCCCCUGUCCCUCCAUCUCAUCCCAGAAUUCAAGUUCCUGCUCCAGUUUCCAAGACCAGAAGAUUGCCAGCAUGUUUGACCUUUCACCGGACUUUCGCCAGCAGCAUUUUCUGACGGGGCUUCUCUUUACUGAAUUGACUGCUGCCCUUGAUGCUGAGGGGGAAGGGAUCAGUAAAGUACAGAGGAAAGCGAUCAGUGCCAUCCACAGCCUGUUGAGUUCUCAUGACCUGGACCUACGCUGUAUCAAACGAGAGGUGAAGGUCAAAAUUGCAGUCCUAUACCUCCCUUUGGUUGGUAUCAUUCUGGAUGCCCUGCCACAGCUCUAUGACUUCACAGUUUCAGAUGCCCGUGGAGGAAAGAGUCGUCCAGGUGGUUCAGAUGAAGAACAAGAUGGUGGCAACGCAAUCAACCAGAACGUGGCCCUGGCUAUUGCAGGGAACCAGUUCAACCUGCUUAAGACGAGCGGCACAUCUCUGGCUUCCCUGCCAUACAAGCAGUACAAUAUGCUAAGUCCAGACACCACUCGCAACUUGAUGAUCUGCUUCCUUUGGAUCAUGAAGAAUGCUGAUGAGAGUCUCAUUCGGAAGUGGAUUGCAGACCUUCCAUCCAUGCAACUCAACAGGAUUCUCGACCUUCUCUUCAUCUGCGUCUCUUGCUUUGAAUACAAGGGAAAACAAAGUUCUGACAAAGUCAGUACCCAAGUGCUUCAGAAAUCAAGAGAUGUAAAAGCCCGGCUAGAGGAGGCUUUAUUGAGAGGUGAAGGUGCCAGAGGUGAAAUGAUGAAACGCUGUAGGACACCAGCAGGGAAUGACCGGUUUCCAGGACUAAAUGAAAACUUGAGAUGGAGGAAAGAGCAGACACAUUGGCGGCAAGCUAACGAGAAGCUAGAUAAAUCCAAGGCUGAGUUAGAUCAAGAAGCCCUGAUUAGUGGAAACCUAGCCACAGAAGCAAAUUUAAUCAUCUUGGAUAUGCAGGAAACAAUUAUCCAGGCGAGCUCGGCUCUGGAUUGUAAAGAUAACCUGCUGGGAGGGGUCCUGAGGGUCCUAGUGAACUCCCUGAGCUGCGAUCAGAGCACCACCUAUCUGACUCAUUGCUUUGCGACACUCCGAGCUCUCAUCGCCAAGUUUGGCGACUUGCUGUUUGAGGAGGAAGUGGAGCAGUGUGCUGACCUGUGCCAAAGAGUGCUACAUCACUGCAGCAGCAGCAUAGAUAUCACCCGUAGUCAGGCCUGUGCCACCCUCUACCUCCUGAUGAGAUUCAGUUUCGGUGCCAUCAAUAAUUUUGCAAGAGUGAAGAUGCAAGUAACAAUGUCAUUGGCAUCACUAGUUGGUAAAACAUCCGACUUUAAUGAAGAAUAUCUCAGGAGAUCCUUAAGAACUAUUUUGGCAUAUGCUGAGGAAGAUGUGGAUAUGCAGCCAACUCCCUUCCCUGUCCAGGUGGAAGAGUUGCUCCGUAAUUUGAACAGCAUCCUGUCCGACACAGUGAAGAUGAGAGAAUUUCAGGAAGAUCCAGAGAUGCUUAUGGAUCUCAUGUAUAGAAUUGCCAAGGGAUACCAGACGUCCCCUGACUUGAGACUAACUUGGCUCCAGAAUAUGGCUGAAAAACACUCCAAGAAGAAGUGCUACACUGAGGCAGCUAUGUGCCUGGUCCAUGCCGCGGCUCUGGUGGCAGAAUACCUGAGCAUGUUAGAGGAUCACAGCUACCUGCCAGUGGGAAGUGUCAGUUUUCAGAAUAUUUCUUCCAAUGUGUUGGAGGAAUCUGCGGUGUCCGAUGAUAUUUUGUCCCCUGAUGAAGAUGGUGUGUGUUCUGGGAGGUAUUUUACUGAGAGUGGCCUGAUAGGACUCUUGGAACAAGCGGCAGAACUCUUCAGCACGGGAGGUUUGUAUGAGACGGUCAAUGAGGUGUACAAACUUGUCAUCCCCAUCCUGGAAGCUCAUCGAGACUUCAGAAAACUGACCUCUACUCAUGACAAGCUGCAAAAGGCCUUUGACAGCAUCAUAAACAAGGGUCACAAGCGAAUGUUUGGAACUUAUUUCCGUGUUGGUUUCUAUGGAUCCAAAUUUGGUGAUUUAGACGAGCAGGAAUUUGUUUACAAAGAGCCUGCAAUUACCAAACUCCCUGAGAUUUCUCACAGACUGGAGGGAUUUUAUGGACAAUGCUUUGGUGAGGAUUCUGUGGAAGUGAUUAAAGACUCUGCUCCUGUGGACAAAACCAAGCUGGAUCCUAAUAAGGCCUACAUACAAAUCACUUUUGUGGAGCCAUACUUCGAUGAGUAUGAGAUGAAAGACAGGGUAACCUACUUUGAGAAGAACUUCAACCUGCGACGCUUCAUGUUCACUACCCCUUUCACCCUGGAAGGGCGGCCUCGGGGGGAGCUGAGUGAGCAGUACAGGAGGAACACUGUCCUGACCACAUUGCACGCCUUCCCCUACAUCAAAACCCGGAUUAACGUCAUCCAAAAGAAAGAGUUUAUUCUAACCCCCAUCGAAGUGGCCAUUGAAGACAUGCAAAAGAAGACCCUAGAAUUGGCUGUGGCCACUCAUCAGGAACCACCCGAUGCCAAGAUGCUUCAGAUGGUGCUGCAAGGUUCAGUGGGAGCCACUGUGAAUCAGGGACCACUAGAGGUAGCCCAAGUGUUCUUGGCCGAAAUUCCAGCUGACCCAAAACUUUACCGACAUCACAACAAGCUGAGAUUAUGUUUUAAGGAAUUCAUAAUGCGAUGCGGUGAGGCAGUGGAGAAAAACAAGCGUCUCAUUACCGCAGACCAGAGGGAGUAUCAGCAGGAACUGAAAAAGAACUACAACAAGCUGAAGGAGAAUCUCAGGCCAAUGAUCGAGCGUAAAAUCCCUGAGCUUUACAAGCCGGUCUUCAGGGUCUCUGGUGAGAAGAGGGACUCUUUCCACAGAUCUAGUUUCAGGAAAUAUGAAACCCAGGGAUCCCAGAGCACCUAAAGGAAGGAGGAAGGUUGCCCUCACCCAGGCAAUGAAGGGUGAGGCAUUCAUUGAGACCUUGCAGUGCAGCAGUCGAGACGGUGCUCCUGGUCUUCACAAAUUGGGACAUUCUUCACUGAGAGCAGUACACACACUCCCAGACAGGCAGGUUUCUGUGAGCCAGAAGACCCAAUGUCUGGGGCAAGAGUUGGUUGAGGAAACCAGCCCGAAUCUAUUCCAUUCUGACUUUGGUGGGUGAGGUAGGCAGGGAAAGGGCCGGGAGAUGCGAGAGCAGAGAGCUGACUUUGUCGGCUUUUGUAUUUAUUGAAGCAUGUUUUUCCACAGGAUUGUACAAAACAAAACAUUCAAAAAGCAGCUUUUCCUGCUGAAUGGCCAAUCACUGUUUACCCAGAGGGCAGACUUCCUCUAGUUUAGUUGGAGGUGUUAACAGGAUAAACCCAAGACAAGAUGGUAAAGGUUGCCCAGAUGCCUAUAGUUUUAAGAGUAUAUUUUACUCACCUCCAGAUAAGCAACAACUGCACAAAACAAUAAGCAACUGGGAUGUUUCUGUCUCAUCUGAAGUCUGAAAACUGUGGGAGUCAUUGCCCAUUUGCCAAUAUGACCAGUUGGUCUGUGUGUGCGUGUGUAGGGGUGGUGGUGGUGGGGGGAAGGGAAUAGGUUAUGCAAUUAAUAUUCCUUGAUUAGUUUAGUGUACAUACAGUUACUUGUCCUUAGAUUGUUAGCUCCUUGAGGGCCAUGGGUUGUUUCUAAUUCCCACCCAUGUGCUCCUUCCCAGUGCUUUGCACAUGGUAGGCACUUAAUAAAUAUUGUUAUUACUUUUUUUAAAAAAAAGCAAUACACUUUAAGCCCUGGUUUAGAAAGCAUAUGGUGUUCUGAGCAAUGUGGCCCUAGAAGCAGGUAAUCCACAAGCAGAGUAAUCCAAGCAGCUCCCCUCCAUAAUACUGAUAUGCUUUGCAAUUUCACACACUCUUUGGGACAAAGUAGAAUCUUUUAUGAGCAAAACAUUCCAGAAACUCUGCCCUAGCUCAACAUACUUGCUUCAGUGCUGUAAAAUACUGUAGCUUUUAAUUUCGCAUUCUUUGGCAACUGUCUUUUAGCUGGAGGAUGAAUAUAAUCACGAUAUGAGAUUUAAAUUAUACACUCUAAAGAUACAUUAUUUUGACUGGUACAGGAAAAGUCUUCAGGACAGUUUCAAAAUCUACCAAUCAGGGUAGAGUUCUACUUUGUAGUCUUUUCAGUGCUAUUCAUUUUAUAAGCAAUUCAGGUGAGAGCAGGGUGUACAAGCAACUAAGGUUGUGCCCUGAGCCACAGUGGGGCUUUCUAAUUGAGCUCUUUGAUAUGACAACUAGGAACCUUUAACUGGGGCGGUUUGCAGGGCUAGGAGGCUGAAAGAAAGAACUUUCAAUGAACCCAUCCAGUGGAAUUCGCAGAGAUACAACCCUAAAUUUAGUGCUAAAUAAAUAAGCAUCCUAAAUAAGCAUCAUGGAAUAGAAUGUCUUGAAGAACAAAAGUCAACACAGUCACCAGAAAAAUUAAAAGUCACUAAAUGCCUUUGGUUUCACAAACAUUGCUUUGAAAAAUCUAUGCAAAUUUCUGGGAGUUUAGUAUUUAGGGUCUCUGAUCUUGCCACGGUUAAGUCUUUUUAAAUUUUUAUUAUUAUUUAUUUUUAUUUUUUAUUUUAUCAGAACCCAUUUGGGCAAGAUAAAGAGCCAUCUUCAAGGACGGUUCUAUUGGCCUUAGUGCUCCUUUACUGAUCUCAGCCUUGUCGUUUUUCCUAGCCUACAAGAUUCUAGGGUAAAUGACUGAAAUCUACACUGAAUCAUGUAUGCUGAGUUUCUGGCAUCACUCAGCGACAAGUGCCUAGGAGUCAGAAGACUCAGUUCUAAUCCCAGCUCUGCCACUGACCUGCUGUGUGACUUCAGACAAGGGUCAUUUAACCUCCCUGUGCCUCAGUUUCCCCAGCUAUAAAAUGGGAAUAAGAUACCUGCUUCUUCCUACCUCACCAGGAUGUGAAAAACGCUUUGGAAAAAUCAUGAGCACGCUAUAAAUUUGAGGUAUCCCUAUGUUCCUUAAGCCCUCCUAUUCUAUAAAAGAAGACUUAGCAAGUCAAUUAGUUUGAAGACAAAUGGUACUUAUGAUGCAAAGUCAGCAGACAUUGGUUGCAGUUGUCUAUAUAUAAAGACUUUUUUGUACGUGUUUUUUUAAAGUGAGUUGGUUGUUUUUUUUUGAAAAGGUGUACAAUUCCUUUACAUAUCUUAGAUAUCUAAUUUUACAAUAAAGUUUUAACAGUUAAAGUUUA